AUGGAUAUUAGGGACUUGAUCACACCCACGGCCAGACAGGAGAAGGCUGUUCGCUCACCUGCUCCUGUUUCGUCACCUCGUCCUGUUUCACGCCAGGGAGACACACCGACGACGAGUUGGAGUGGCUGUGGAAGCGGCCACGGCAAUGGUACAGGUCCAAGGCAGACUCCCGGCACCGGCCAUGGACCGCAGACACCCUCUACUCCCGGCAUAGACGCCCUCGUCGAGGCUGCACACAUAAAGAGAGGCGACCAUUACGAGACCAACCCUUCGUCGUCUCCCUUCCCCAUCGUGCCGCCUGCCGCGCACAGCACGCCGACUCCACGGCCGUCUGCGUACGACGGGGCAGAUGGGAGUGCCGAUGCGCCCAGACGUGACUUUACCAGCGCGUGUCUUAGCCCGGAGGCCCAGCGGACGGCCAUGCAGCUCUACAGCAACAUUCAAAAGAACCACUACGCCUACGAGGACCGCGUCAACUUCAUUCGGCUUCUCCACCAAGGGUUUGUGGACCACAUCUACCCCCCAGCCUCGCCCGACUCCCACGGCGACCCUCACCGCUUUGACGUGCUCAAGGAUCUCAAGGCUGCCAGGGAGGAGCUGGACAGUCUGUUCGCCAUCGGAGAGGAUCUCUGGGCUGAAUGGAUCCAGGACGAAAGCCUGCUCGCCCGCACCGUCAACGAGCGCAUUGCCGUCAUGGAGCUCUGUCGCCGAUCUGUGGAAGAAGAGUACGGAAGCACGAAGCUCUGGGUUAUAUACGGUGAGUGGAUGCUGUACCUGUACAAGGCUUCUUCCGGGGACAGAGAUGGCUCCGGCCGUGGCCACUGGUCGGACGAGGACAGGAUCAUCGGCCGCGAGGUGUUUACGUGGCAGUCAGUGGUUGAGGUCUGGAAGGCCGGUGCCGAUGCGACCAGGUGGCGCAUUAACGACAGCCAUCUCGUCUGGAACCGCUACCUAGAGCUCCUGAUGCAGGAUGUCGACGCCUCGCCGUCUCAAGAACGGGUCUCGCAGCUCCGCGCACUCUUCGAGAGCAGGCUCCAAACCCCCCAUGCUGGCUGGGACGACACCUCCCAGCUCUUCUCCAACUUUGUCUCCAAGUACUACAACUCCAACUACGAGGACAUCAUGGUGGACGCCGGAAACAAAGCAGCCGAGGCCAAGGCCAUGUAUUCGGCUCGCGAGUCCCGAGAGGCCGCCCUGCACAGAGCCUUUGAGCUCAAGGACACUACCAGCGAGUGGUCCACUUUCCAAGAGUAUAUCGAGUGGGAGACGUCGAGGCCGCAGAGGAGAAAAGGGCAACAGCUACAGCCGCUCCGCCUUGAACUAAUCACCUCUCUCUACCAGCGCGCCGUACUCCGCUUCCCCACUGACGCUACUAUAUGGGAAGACUACGUGAUGUUCCUCAUCGAUGAGUCGAUGGAGGGCCCCAUAGGCGCCUCCCCUAUCCCUGCGAUCGAGCGCGCAACUCGUCACUGUCCCUGGUCUGGCGCGCUCUGGUCACAACUCUUCGUCAGCGCCGAACGAGCCGGCCUCUCCUUCGCCGAAAUCCUCGAGCUCAAGCACAAGGCCACUCGCUCCGGCCUCCUAGACGCGGCAGGCAUCAACGAAGUCCUGAAGGUACAUACAACAUGGUGUAGCUAUCUUCGUCGCUGGGCACUCCAACCGGAAUCCACAGAUGAAGACCUCGAUGUUGCCGAAGUCGGUAUCCGCUCUGCGAUCGAAUCGGUCCAGGAGCUAGGCGACAAGACCAAUAAGGCUGGCCCGAACGACCCGCUCUUCCACCUAGAACGCAUCUACAUUCGCUAUCUUAGCGCCCGCGGAAGCUGGGACAGCGCACGCGAGGAAUUCAAGAACCUUAUUCCGCGACACGGACAUAGCUUUGAAUUCUGGCUAGCCUACUACACCUGGGAGCUCCUAUCGUGGAGCAAGUUCAUGCCUUGUGACUCCUCGGCGAGUGCAUCGCGACGAAUGCCUAACCCGAGCUAUGCAACGGCUGUGUUGAAGCAGGCUUUGCAACGGACAGACCUAGACUGGCCAGAGAAGAUCAUGGAUGCCUAUAUUUCUCAUUGCGAGCACUAUGAAGAUGCUGACGAAUCACAGCUUGCCAUAAUCGACGUUCGAAAGGCGAUGAAGGCAUUGACCAAGCGUAGACAAAGGGAAGCUAUGGAACAACAAUACCACCAGCACCAGGCGCCCGCCAGUCAGCAAUAUCACCAACCUCAACCUGCAGCAGCAGCAGUGGGAGCACAUCUGGAUACUUUGGAACAGCAAUAUAGCCAUGCUGAUGGAGUGCAGCCGGUCGGCAAAAGAAAACGCGGGAACGAACCAGAGCAGAACGGUUUGACCUCCAAGAAGGCAAAGGGGGAUGCCGUCCAAUCUGUAGAGGCACCGGUGCGUGAUCGAGAACAUGCAAGUGUUAUCGUGAAGAACUUGCCAAAGGAUAUCCCCCAGGUGAAGAUUCGACAGUUUUUCCGAGAUUGCGGGAAACUUAAUUGCCUACAAAUGCUACCCGGCGAGCCGGGGUCUGCAUUACUCGAGUUUGAUACCCACGAAGACGCCCUCGCUGCUGGCACAAAGAAUCAAAAAUUUUUAGAAGGAAAUGAGGUAACUGUCGAACCAGUUACGGACACAACAGUGUUUGUAACGAAUUUUCCGCCAACGGCGGAUGAAAACUAUAUCCGUGAGCUCUUUCAUUCGUGUGGCGAGAUCGCCGAAGUGCGGUUCCCAUCACUUAAGUAUAACACUCACCGUCGCUUCUGCUACGUGCAGUUCACUUCUUCCUCGGAUGCUUACGCUGCCACUGGGCUCAAUGAGAAAGAUUUGGGCGGUAAUUUAAGGUUAGUGGUGAAAAUCUCGGAUCCCUCCCAGCGACAGGUCCGUUCUGGUGCAUAUGAGGAAGGGAGAGAGAUCUACGUAUGUAACCUACCCUACAAAACCACUGAGGGAGACCUUGUCGAGCUGUUCACAGCGUAUGGCGAUGUAGAGUCCGUGAGGAUACCCACCAAGGUCAAUGGAGAGACCAGAGGUUUUGCUUUUGUUACCUUUGCAACAAAGGAUCAAUCAAAUGCUGCUCUGGCUAUGAACGAGAAGACGUUUAAGGGGCGAGAGUUGAAUGUCCGGCUCUCGACAAACACGGGAGCGAAACGACAUCAAACUACAGUUGUUUCUCGGUCCGAAUCACCCGCGACAAAUGCUCAACGCAACGGAACCGGUACCCCUUCAACAUCGCCAGGUUCAGUGUCUAAUGGACAGUACAAAAUAAUGGGCGAUCGCCGCCUCCGCACCGUUGCCUUAAUGAACAUUCCCGAUACGGUCAAUGACGCCCGCAUCCGUGCUCUCACCGAACCAUACGGUGCACUGGUCAAGAUUAUCCUACGGCCAGACCACCAAGGCGCCAUUGUAGAGUUUUCCGAUACCCAUGAUGCGGGAAAAGCAUCGUUGGCCCUUGAAGGAUAUGAGAUUACGCCGGGCCGGUUUAUUCGCGUUGUUUCGGUGAAGAAUAUGUUACAGCAAAAGGCAGAGCAUAAGAUUGAUAGAAUACCUGUUGGCAAGGAAAAAGGGAAGGCCAGCGGUGCUACGACGUCAGGCAGUGGCGUUGCUGGUGGGAGAAUGAUGCAACAACCCUCGGCCCCAAUACGACGACCUAACCAGCCGUCCGGCGGCCGUAGAGGUGGAUUAGGCGUGAAACGCGGGGGAUCCUCCAUUCCUUCGAGAGACAAACCCGCUCCAACGUCUAAUCAUUAUGAUAUCGACGGCCAGGAUCAGAAGCAGUCCGAAUCCACGACGACACGGAAUAAGACGAAUGAUGACUUUCGAGCAAUGUUAUCACAGCCCAAGUGA